CAACUACUCAAAAAUGCACUUUGUAAACAAACCUUUUGGGUGUUGGCCACAUCAAGCGGCUCAUCUGGAUGAAAUGAAAAGGCUGUUAGAUGUAAUGCAGCAACGUGCUCCCGAUGUUGAACAUCAGUUCAAAGAAAAGUCAAAUGAGUUGGAAAUGGCGCAGCUUAUCAUACGCCAGUUGUCGGAUAAGGCCAAUGUAAACCAAGGCGGCAAUCGUAUAGAGACCUCGACGCAGACGCAAUUUAUGUACGAGCAACAGAUUAGAGACUUACAAGCUAUGGUGCAACAAUUGACGUAUGCCAAAGAAAGGAAUUUAUGAUGGUCACAAAUAUAUUGGCAAAAACAUAGCAAGUGCAUAUGCCAAGUUGGAAAAAUUGACAAUGCUGGCCAAAAAGAAGAGUCUUUUUGAUGAUCGA